GCUUGCGGGUUUCUGUUGAAGGCGGAGCACUGUCGUCCGUCCGCUUCAAACGCGUUUUUCACACGGUAACGUUAGAGUCGCGCGAGCCGAGCGGAACGGUGAACGAGAUACGAGUCCGAUGAGCAGCUCGAAACCCUCGUUUGACCUGCAUGCGAUCUACACUAUAUGUUGGGGAAAGGCCUGAAACGGAAGCUGGAGCAGGAGGAAGAGCACGACGUGAUGAGCUGCCCUCGGGAAGCGUCACCCACCUGCUACUGGCUCCAGCGGCAGACCGUGCUCAACCUCUCGCUGCUGAAGCUGCACAGCCAUCCGGGACACUCAGACCCCGGCCUGGCCCGCAGGGUGCUCAUCACCAACACGCUCCGGCACAUCCAGGACGAGCUGAGAGGCGAGGACGGCCCUGUACCCGGGUCUCCACUGGGUGUUGUUGACGGGUGUCGGGAACGCCCGGUGGAGUCCCAUAGUGAGAGCAGUUUGACGCCCGUGUCACGGUUGGAGGAGGACAGACAUCUGCUUCUCUGUCUGUCUCCGCCCACUUCAAGACAGCAACCCCCAUCAUCCUCUGUUAUUAAAGACAGCUUCACCUCAGCACUGGCUGAAAUUGAAGAUCUGUGCCCAACUGUGGGAAUAACCACUUUAUUUACUACAGAGACGGGCCGCUCGCUCACGUCAGACCCAAACCCCAGACAAACAGACCCCGGUCUUUCUGAAAUGAACAGCGGUACAGACUCAGUGUCAUCUCUCUCUGACUCCGCCCUUUCAGUGUUUGGCCACACCCCCUCGCUUCUCACUGACUUCUCAUUGGACGAUUUCCUGUUCACGGAAAUAGACAGCUUGCUGUUCGACAACAUUCCCUGCGGUUCAUCCCUGAGCGCGAGCUCGGGCUCGUCAAAGGUUUUUUCCAUGGUAACGGACGACCUCGUAAAGACGCUCACUGGUUACAGUAACGGCGGGACGAGCCAAUCAGGUCUUUCCUCUAAUCAGACUUUCAAACUGGAUCUGAGCGAACUGGAUCACAUCAUGGAGGUUUUGGUCGGGUCAUAAUUUGAUGCAUGUUUAAAUUAGUAUUUAAUAUUAUGGUCAAUUUUGACAAAUGUUUAUGGUUUCAAAAAGGGUUACGGUGGAAAAGAUGAUAUGCAUAUGUUCGUAUAUUUAUUCUGAUACAGUAACAAAGGAUGUAUGAUAUAAAUGUAAUAUAUUGCAGCAAUUUUAUAAUGUUAUAGAAUACUAUUUUCUCCUGUGGAAAUUACAUAUGAAUUACGUUAUUUUAGUAUUUAAAUGUUUUUAAUAAAUAAAUAAACAAGAUAAAAUUGCUUUUAGUUUGUUC